AUGACGAUCACCCACAUCACCAAAGGAUGGUCACUACAGCAGGAGGAACAAGAAGAGAUGCAGAAGGUCAUGGACGAAGGUAUCUUGAGGCACGAGACGACCAACUGGCUGAAGCGGACCGGCUGGUCGGCCCACUUUACCGGCAGGAACCUGAUGGAUAUCCAGGCCUGUAGUAAGAUGCCCGGCCGAGGUAACGAGGGCAAUGACGAGGUGCUGCGGCAUAUGAACGAAGUUCUAGAUCGACUCUUCUUUGACCGCUGCAUCGGCGGACUGAAGAGCAUGCCCCUGAUGACCCGACUGCUGCUAGCCAGCCCACACCCUCACGACGCCCACAGCCGACCGUUCGGGCCGCUGCAGGAGAAGACCAGUAUGGACCGGUAUCUGGUCUACAUAAAACGAUUUCUAUGCUACUGCCUCAAUGUAUUGUCGCUAGAAGAAGAGGUACUCCUGGCCGACCACGGCUUUCGCUUUACGCCAGCGCAAAGGGCCAGCCUCGAGACGCUCUGGGCCCAUCUGCAAGGGGAGGCAUCAGAGUCAGAGUCAGAGUCAGAAGGGGAGGUCGAGGGGGGCAGGCCAUUACACAGCCACCGCCGUCGCCGCAGCCAUGAUGGCCUUAACAGCAAGAACGGCCUACAAGAGCGGAUACUACAGGUAUUGGCGGGCUUCUGGACGCAGCGGCUCCCUGGAGACCCUUUCGAUAGCCCGCUGUGGCACUUCGUCGGCGUGCUAGGGAUUGACGCCGAGACGGGGCAGCUGCGACCGGCCCACCUGUUCACCUACGUGCUCGCCGGUCUCGUCUUCACAGGACGGGCGCUGCUGGGGGAGUGGGCCAUACCUACCCGGGAGCGGGACGGCAUGGAAGACCUCAUCCAACGAUUCGCCCAGGUCCGGGACGUAUGGCUCUGCAAGGCCACAUACUCACCUAUGGGUUAUAUACUUAGCUUGCUCUUAUUCGGGAAGAAGAUUGCAAGGGAGACAGGGAGCAGGCUUAUGGUAUCCUGGAGUAAGCAAGGUGAGAUGAUGUACUUUAUGGGCAGGCCUAUCCUGAUGGAUAAACUCCGGACCAUGGUAGCCAUGAUGACGGUCGAUGCCGAGGAUCUCCUCUGGGGUCAGCUGAUGUUUAAGGAGGGUGAUGAUAAGCGCUUUGUGAUCCCCUGGCCGGUAUCGAGGACGAUCUCACGCAGACAAGGCGGGGGCAAUCCUUCAUCCAUCGUAACGGUCUCGCCGACGGGUGAGUGGAAGUGGGCGGGUAUCAGGAAGUACCUCAAGCUGGUUAAGAAGUUCGAGGAGUUCAUGCUACUCCUCGCCCACAUCACGGGAGGUCAGCCUAGCCGAGGGGAGGAGAUCACAGGGCUACGCCUCAUCAACGGCAUCAAUAGGGACCGCAACAUCUUCAUCAUCGACGGCGAGGUCGUCCUCGUUACACAGUACCACAAGUCCCUCGCCCACUUCGACUCGCCCAAGGUCAUCCCUCGCUUCUUGCCCGGGCGGAUCGGGCAGCUGUUUGUGAUGUAUAUGAUCUAUAUCCGGCCGCUGACAGAUCGCUGGGAGGCCGAUAAGUGGGAGCUAUAUGGGGAGAAGAUGGCGCCGCCGAGCGACUUUAUCUGGCAUAACGAUACGCCUGACCCGCUCUAUUCACUAUUAAGAGACGUGACACUUCGCAACGCUCAGUGA